AUGGCGACCCAUCGCCUCCGAAUCGACGGCGACACAUUCCGAGAUUCGAACAACCGCCAGGUAACGAUACAUGGCAUCAAUGUAGCGGGUGAUACCAAGUUUCCCGCCACGCCUGACGUGUCCUCCCACGUCAAGGAACACUUCUUCGAGGGCGACAGCGUAUCGUUUGUUGGCAGACCGUUCGCACUUGACCAAGCACAUACCCAUUUCUCCCGCUUACGAAGAUGGGGAUACAACACGAUACGCUAUAUCUAUACGUGGGAGGCGCUGGAACAUGCCGGACCAGGCAAAUACGACAACGACUUCAUAGAUUUCACGAUCAAGGUCCUACGGAUAGCGAAGGAGUAUGGCUUUUACGUCUUCAUGGAUCCUCACCAGGACGUCUGGAGUCGGUUUACGGGAGGCAGCGGAGCACCCAUGUGGACAAUAUAUGCCUGUGGUCUUGAUCCAACCAAGUUUGCGGUGACGGAGGCGAGCUUGGUGCAAAACACCUGGCCCAACCCAGUCGAGUACCCAAAAAUGAUAUGGGCAACGAACUACACACGGCUAGCCGCGCAGACCAUUUUCACCUUCUUCUACGCCGGCAAGGAGUUUGCACCGAAGUGCAUCAUCGAUGGGAAGAAUAUCCAGGACUACCUACAAGAGCACUUUGUGAACGCUUGCAAACAUUUGGCACAAAAGAUACACGAUGCAGGAGAUCUGCAGGGCAAGUGUGUGAUUGGGCAUGAGACGAUGAACGAGCCAAACAAGGGAUACUACGGCCAUCCAGAUCUGGCCAGCAUACCUGAAGAUCAGAAACUUCGGAAAUGGACAACACCCACAGCAUUCCAGGCAAUGCUGACGGGAUCGGGUAGAGCGAUUGAAGUGGAUGUGUGGGACUUUGGGGGCUUCGGGCCGUACAAGAAGACGACACAGCUGGUAGACCCCAAAGGUACUACGGCAUGGCUUGAUCCGGCAUCAUGGGAUGAUACCAAGUACGGCUGGAAACGAAGUCCAGAGUGGAAGCUAGGAGAGUGUAUUUGGGCGCAGCACGGCAUUUGGGAUCCUUCAAAAGACGAGCUUCUCCUACCGCAGUACUUCGCAAAGCACCCCAAGACAGGCGAGAAAUUGGAUCAAGAGACAUGGACCAACGACAACUACAUGGAGUUCUACCGGAAGUACAAGACGGCCUUGCGGGAAGUAUGGUCUGAGGCUUUCCUCUUGAUGCAACCCUCUCCGUUUGAGAUCCCACCUGUCAUCAAAGGCACGCCGGAGGGUGACGAUAAGAACAUGAUAUUUGCGUCACAUUUCUACGACGGCAUAACGCUGAUCACGAAGAAGUGGAACAAGCUAUGGAAUAUCGAUGUGCUGGGUGUCCUUCGUGGCAGAUAUAGCUCGCCCGCAUUCGCGAUACGGAUAGGCGAGACUGCGAUUCGGAACUGCUUCAAGGAUCAACUUGCUGAAGUGCGGAGGGAGGGCAUCGACAAUAUGGGAGUGCAUCCUUGUUUAUAUACUGAGAUCGGCAUUCCCUACGACAUGGACGACAAGCACGCCUACCAGACAGGAGACUACAGCUCUCAAGCCGCUGCCAUCGAUGCGAACUUCUACGCGGUAGAAGGCUCUGGUGCACAAGGCAUGACCUGGUGGGUAUACACCGCCAGCAACAGCCACUACUGGGGCGACCACUGGAACGGCGAAGACCUCUCGCUCUACUGCACCGAAGACAAACCCCUCCCACCACCCUCAUACGCCCUCUCCAACUCCUCCAAACUCUCCCUCGAUCCCUCCAACCCCAGCUACAGCGAAAGCCAGUCCGAGUCCAACGCCCCAGUCACCCCCGGCAGCAUCCAAAAGACCCUCAGCGUAGACGACAUGUCCCGCUCCACACCACGCAUCACCUCAGCCGAAAACCAACCAGGCUACCGCGCCGCCGAAGCCUACGUCCGCCCCGUCCCCAUCAACGUCCACGGCAAAAUCGACAGCUACGGCUUCGACCUCAAAAACUGCACCUUCACCCUCGCCCUCACCGCCACCUCCCCAACAGCCCAAGACGCCCCGACGGAAAUCUUCCUGCCCGAAUAUCAUUUCCCGCAAAUGAAAGACCUCACCAGCGUGGAGGUGUCUGGUGGCAAAUGGGAGAUCCGCGUGGUGGAGGAGGUCGAAGGCGCGACGCAGCAGGUUCUGAAGUGGUGGCAUGGGGAGGGCGAGCAGAAGGUUACGGUUAAGGGGGUUAAGAGGAAGAGGGGGCAUGUGGGGAGCAGUGAGAAUGAUGCCAGUGAGGAUAGUUAUUUGGAUGCUUAUUGGCAGAUGGGGAAGAGUUGUAGUGUGAUGUGA